AUGAAAUACCUUAAUUAUGAUUUCAUACCAUCAAAUAAUUUGAAAUACCUCUCAACCUAUACAUAUAAAGGAACUGAUCUAUCUUUGCUGUAUAAUUACAUCCUUUCACCAAUUGCUGAAUAUUGUUUGAAAUUUGUUCCUUUGAAUGUUGCGUAUGAUUAUAAGGAUUACAAUAAUAUUUUAGACCCAACGUUCUCACACUAUUAGGGCUAAUAUGCGUGAUAAUACCACACAUCUCAUUUUACUUAGUAAUGGAGGACAACUUUAAAGGAUCCAUCCCAAACUGGUUGUUAUGGUCAACAACCAUACUGCAUUUGCUUUAUAUGGUAAAAAUAAUGAGUAUCCCAGAAUUUUGAUAAUUUGGAUGGUAAACAAGCUAGAAGAACAAGUAAUAUAGAAUAUUAAACUUUAAGAAAAUUCAUCUCCACUUGGAAUGAUCUUAGACCAUAAUUUUGACUCUAUGAUCAUUUUAUUAUAAGGUUACAUUUUUCAUGAUUUUAGGUACAAAUCUAUCCACAGCUAUGCAAAUUGGAAAUAAUAUAUUUUCAAUUAUUCUUUACAUUAUUCCAUCAAUUCCUUUUUUUUUAAUUGCUCAUGAAGAAUAUUAUACACAUGAAAUGAAUCUGCCUAUCAUAAAUGCAGCUGCUGAAGGCACUAUCAGUGUAGCCAUAUUUUUUGUUGCCACUGCUUAUUUUGGUAACAUGCUUUAAUCAUUUAUUUUUAGGAUGUGAUUUUUGGCUAACUAAAUUGUCUAUUUUGAAUGGAAUAUAAUUUAAUCAUUUCAUUUUAUUGGUUUUUGCUAUGUCAGUUUUAAUAACCAUGCCCUCAGUGUAACAAAUUUAAAUAUAUUUUUUUAUAGUAUUUAUAAAAUAAGCAAAUUCACAUCAGUGUCAUCUUUAUUUAAACAACUUAGAUACUUUUUCUUUUUCAAUGCUGUAAUCCUUUAUAACAUUUAUUUCUCAAAAACUAAUGUUAUUGAACAACAUUUAAGAUCUUAUAUGUAUACUGUUGGUUUUACUAUGUCCAAAUCAGUGGGUAUUGUGGCUUUAAAUCAUGUAUGUAAUACUCCACUACCAAGUUAUUAAAAUUCUAUUUAUUUAUUCAUUCUUCUUUUAACAAAUACUCUUUCAGGAUAAAUUUUUGGAUAGGUUAUUUUAAAUGAAGGAUUAUUAAUCUAAUUUAUUGCUCUAUUGAGUAUUUUGAUUCAUCUUCAUUUUCUAUAUAAUAUUGGAAGAUAAAUAUCAAAAGAACUAAAUAUUAAAAUAUUUGAAAUCAAUAAGCCUAAAUAAUGA